AUGAAGAGACUAAGAGUUCCGCCUUUGGGAGAGAAGCAAAAUCCAUUCACCACGUUUCGAGUCGGUUUAUUCUCAGGCAUCUUCAUCGUCCUCGUCGCCGUCACCAUUGUGGCCGGAAUAGUUACGGCCAAGGAACAUGAGGGAGAUUGGCAGCCAGCUUUGAAAAUGUUCAGAGUUAACGUCAUACCACUUUUCGGACCGAUUUUGGUUUUUAUACUGGGGAUUUUCGCACUGGUGUUGAAAUCCGGAAGAGGCUCUUUGGCCACCACAACUUACGUCCUCGGGAUAUUCAGUGAUGCCAUCAUGGUGCCAGCCCAGUUCACAUUUGCGAUACUCUGCGUGCUUCAGGUGUCUGGAUGUAUUUCAGUUCCACUUGGUAUUGCAAAGUUGAUCCUCGCCGGGGCCACAGCCUUCUUUGGGUUCAUGUAUUUUGGGAUAAUUGUCUACUUGCUUAUACUUCUGGAUAAGAAGAGGAAAGGUAAAAUCGCGAUUGUCCCGGCUCCUAUCCCAGCUAAACCAGCCCCAACAAUCCCCCCAAUAGUUCAACCUGUGCCUGUACCUGUGCCAGUACCUGCUCCGGUACCAAUUCCUGCCCCAGUACCACAACCCUUGCCUCCUCUUCCUUUGGUACCCCCUGCUUUCCCACCGGCUCGUCCGCCAUUUUUACCACCACCAGCCUACCCACCUGCGUUCCGUCCAGGGCCUGCCUUCAAUCCUUACUCCCCCUACGGACCACCCCCACUGCCUGCUCCACGACCAAAUCCUUUCUAUGGACCUCCGUUGGGUGGAAUUCCUCGCUACGGGCCGCCACCAGCUCCCCCAAUGUUCAGACCUCAGCCCUUUGGAAGACCCGGAUUUUAUGGCGGGAGAUACUAAGCGGUUGAUUGAUUCGAAUGGUUGCAUUUGAUUGGCUGGCUGUUUGAAUAGCUGAUUUGGUUUCAUUGGUUGAUUGAUUGGAUGGUUGGCUGGUUGGUCGAUUGGUUGAUUGAUUGAUGAAUAGAUUGAUUGAUAAAUGUAUUUUCUUAAUUGACAAUAUGACAAAAUGACAAAAUAUUUGACUACAUGAUCGACUCCGAAUCAAUUUUUUAAUCGUGAAAUUUGGCUAUUGUUAAAACAUUUCAGUGAAAGUGAUAAUAAAAUUGAUUAAAUUCAUGAUAACGAUCAUAAAAGAAGUCACUAAACUAUAACUAAUAAUAACUAAGAUAACAAAGUGAUGAUGAUGACGACGUUCGACGAUGAAGAUGAUGAAGUGUCAGUUUUUUGAUUCAAUAUAUUUUCUUACAUAGAUCACUUAACACAUUGUAGUAAUUUUAAAUCCAAUUAGCUAAUAUAUUUUUUAACCAAUUUAGAUUUUUAAUUUAACUGAAUUGGAAUUUUACUCAUCACUACUACUACUACUACUACUACUACUACCACUACUACUACUACUACUACUACUACUACUACUACUACUACUACUACUACUACUACUACUACUACUACUACUACUACUACUACUACUACUACUGUCUACUAAAUUAUUUUUAUAGAUUUGUUGGUUUUAAAUAAGUUACUAUUUCUUUCUCUCACUCCCUAUUUCUCUUUUUCUCUCUUUCUCUCUCUCUCUCUCUCUCUCUCUCUAUAUAUAUAUAUAUAUAUAUAUAUAUAUAUAUUAUAUAUAUUUAUUUCGUCGUAAUUACAGCAAUAUUAUGUUUAUUUAAUAUUUUUGUUUUGUUUUAAAUUUGUUUAAUUUACUUGGAAAAACAUGAAAAAUUCUUUUUUUCUAAUAAAUAUGUAGCAAUAGUGUAACGGGAAUGUGCCGGGCACUGGCCUUGCAAUGGCCAGAUUCGAUCGCAAGCAUAUCGCCGCCUGUCAUGUGAUGAGUUGUUUCACAUGUGUAGUUGAAAUGUACUCUCUCUCUCUCUCUCUCUCUCUCUCUCUUUCUCUGUGUGUGUGUGUGUUUGUUUGUUUGUUGACAUUGUUGUUUCUUAAAUAUUAUGACGAGAGAGUUUUGUGACGAAUAAAUGCUGUAAUAUUGAAGAGUUUAA